AUGUGAGCAGCUUUCUGCAGAAUGUAAACAACGGAUUUCCUAUGAAACUGAAGCGACAGUUUGAGCUAAACUAUGACGAUCUAUUUGAGUUGGAAAUUAUAAAUUGCGUUUUUAGAGUCUGACACAUUUUGGCACGCUCUUCUUCAUCGGUGGACAGGUGAACAAGCUGCCGAUGACGGACCGCAUGGGUUCCGUCCGGUGGGCUUUCCGCUGCAGCUCGUGGCUGCCGAGCCGUUCCGAGUGGCUGUUCGCAGCCCGUUGUAUCCAACCCGAAGAGAAGGAAAGAAUCGGGCAGUUUCUGUUCGCUAAAGAUGCCAAAUCAGCCAUGGCUGGAAGGUUGCUGCUGAGGAGGUUCGUGUGUGAGAAGAUGCGUGUGCCCUGGUCACAGAUCCACCUGGAGAGAUCCCCGCGAGGAAAACCUGUCCUGGCUGCUCCGAUGGAGGACUCCAGACGUUGGAGCUUCAACAUCUCCCACCAGGGCGACUUUGCAGUGUUAGCUGCUGAACAAGGGCUGCAAGUCGGUGUGGACAUCAUGAAAACCUGUCUGCCAGGAAGCAGUUCCGUGUCCGAGUUUUUCCGUAUUAUGACCCGCCAGUUUACGCCACACGAGUGGGCCGUCAUCCAAUCGGCCGGCUCUGAGACGCAGCAGCUUGCUGUGUUCUACCGCCACUGGGCGCUGAAGGAGAGCUUCAUCAAAGCCAUCGGCACAGGUUUGGGAUUUAACCUGCAGAGAGUGGAGUUUCACCUGCCAACGGAAGCGCUCACGCCGGGUCGAGCGCUGAGACGAACCAGAAUGCAUCUGGAUGAGGAGGAGGAAGGCGACUGGCUCUUCGAGGAGAGUUUGCUGGAUGAGGACCAUCACGUUGCUGUGGCUCUUGGACCAGCGGUGGCACCAGAGCUUCUGCCCCUCCACCUUCCGCCUCCAGAGAACUUCACCGUGUUGUCGUUCAGCGACCUCAUCGCCGCAGCCUCGCCUCUGACUGAGGAAGACUCUGCAUACUGGGAAGACUUCAAGAGAAAGGCAGACGCACCAACAAGGCAGAGCGACUCUCUUUGACACACACAGGACUCACUUGAAGCUUAUCGCAGGAACAAAGAAAGAGAAUAAGGUUUUUAAUAAGAAAUCUAAACAUGGAAAAUAGAAUUGAAAGAAUAAGUACUGGAGACGGCCACAUUGAGCAGAAAGUAUUGCUUUUUAAAUAAUGUACAUGAUGUACAUAAUGUUUGUAGAUGAGUCCAGACAUGUAAACACAUUCCCUCCAGCUGGAGAGCGUCUCCGACUCUUCUGCUUUAAUCUUGCUGAGGGAGGCAGCGAGGUCAGACAGGAAUCGCCCCGGCUCUCCUCCAACCAUUUUUAGAUUCAAGUUUGUCAGGGGCAGACCACACCAUCAGACGUGGGUGACUCUGUAGUCUUCACACGUGGUGGUGAAGGACCCGGAGGAAAAAAGGGGAAUUCAAGAAAACGUGUUUGCAAGCUAUUGUAAAUAAAUUCUGCGGAAUUAAAAUUUGUGUUUUUUGUACAAUUUAAAUGCAGUGGCGUUUCUUUGUUUGAACAGGGAUAUCACUGUCAAAUAUUUGAACUUCAUUGUUAAAUAAGUUUGAUAUGUAAACAAUUUAUUUAAAUGGCACUAAUAUUGUGAUUUUUUUUUUUGUUUUGAAAGAUACCUGAUAAAGACGGGUGUUUUAUAUAAGUCAGUCGUUCUGUUAAGUAAAUAGAAGUAACAAUUAUAUAACUUUUUUGUACGUUUUUUUUUUUUUUUUACUCCUGAAUUUAUAGUUAAUUGUUAAAACUAAAUGUUGCGUUAUAUAUUCUGUGAAUCUUUUUUUUGUGAGUUUUUAUUUGUUAUGUCCCUUUUUUGUUUUGUUUGUUUGUUUUGGGGGUUUUUUUCCCACUGCCAAAUGAACAUAGACACCCAAAAAUGACUAAAAAAAUUAGCCUAAUUAAGUUGUAAAAUUGUAAAUUUGUCAUAUGAGAAUCAGAGGGAUAAUGACGCUGGUUCAAGCUUGAAAUUUAAAACAUUAUAAUAAUUAUAAUUGUAAUAAUUAUUAUUAUCAUUAUUAAUUGUGUGAUUUUUUUUUAUUAUUGUUCUUUAUACAGAGCUUUGUUUAUUUGACAAG